CCUCUCUUUGGCUCCGCUCUCGUGUCUUGCGAGGCGGGAUAGACCAGCAGGCGGCUCCGGGCUCGCGCUCGCUCGCUGCCCAGGUUGUCAAGGCGCUCGUGAUUUUUUUUUUAUGCUCUUCGUCGCGAGUGGACGGUGACAGCUCAGCUCGUCUCGCUCACGUGUUGGACUGAGCUUUGUUUAUCGGGUUUGUUUUGUCUUUGCUCGGAUAUAUAUUUUUGUGGGGUUUUUGUGGGGGUUUUUUGAGUCAUUGACGGACUCCCAGCAGCCCAUUUGCCAACCUCGUGCUGAACCCUGCCUGCUCAAACACCGUGACUCCAAACUGACAGACAGGGGAAAAAGUGGACAGAUAAACCAAUAGGAGGCCAAGGGAGGAGCUUCCCUAUUGUAGAGUGGCGGCCAGAGUUAAAGAAGAAGAGCACAUGAGGAGCGGAAGCAACGUGGCAUCAACAUCCUGACCGGUAACCUUGCUUCUGCACCCCACCACGUGCCCGGCAACUCCAGAAGUGACCGUCAGCAGGAAGGAAACAAGUGACCACUCCUCCUGCAGGCAUGAGGUCCUUUCGUUCCUUCAGUAACGAUGACCGCCACGUCAUGGCGAAGCACUCCACCAUCUACCCCUCCUCUCAAGAGCUGGAAGCAGUUCAGACACUGGUAUCCACUGUCGAGUGUGCCCUCAAACAUGUCUCUGAUUGGCUGGAUCAGAGCAGCUGUGAUGUCCACAACCAGUUUGAGAGCCAACCAGCAGACAGCACAGAGGAGGACGACCCUGGUGAUGAGCCCAGCGAAGAAACUGAGGAUUCAAGUGAUUGCUACAGGGAGUCCAGCGUUGGCGGUUUGUUGUGUGGAGUGAUGAGGAUCGGCCUAGUGGCCAAAGGACUCCUGAUCAAAGGCGACAUGGACCUGGAGCUGGUGCUGAUGUGCAGAGACAAACCCACACAGACACUGCUGGACACUGUCUGUCACAAUUUACCCACACAGAUUGAGAAGCUGACAGAAGAGAAAUAUGAGGUCACAAGCUCGUUGCCUGAGGCGGCCAUCUUGGUAAAAACGACAACAGAGCCUAAACUCACUUUGAAGAUUACCCUCACCUCACCAGCCAUGAGGGAAGAUGAGGAGGAAGAAGAGGAGGAGGAAGAGGAAUUGGAGGAGGAAGAGCAAGAGCUGGAGAAUGGGGAAGAUGGAGAAGAGGUGGUGGAGGGGGAAGUGGAGGAAGAAGAGGAAGACCUGGAAAGCAAAAAUGGGCGAGUGUUGGGUGCUGCUGCGCAGAGAGUGGAGGCUGAGGAGGAGGAGGAGGGGGAGGUGCUGGAUAGACACAGAUGUCUGUUGGCCCUGGCAGCGCUGCGACACGCCAAGUGGUUCCAGGCUCGAGUGAACGGACUCAAGUCCUGCGUUAUCGUUCUCAGGAUACUAAGGGAUAUGUGCAAUAGACAUCCCAUCUGGGAACCUCUGAAGGGAUGGCCCUUGGAGCUUAUCUGUGAGAAAGCCAUUGCCACCUGCAACAGACCCCUUGGGGCAGGAGAAGCACUGCGCAGAGUCAUGGAGUGUCUGGCCUCAGGCAUACUGCUCCCAGGAGGCCCAGGUUUACACGACCCAUGUGAGAAAGAGCCAACAAACACACUGGCCAGCAUGACUGACCAGCAGGCUGAGGACAUUACCUUCAGUGCACAGCACGCUCUCAGGCUCAUGGCGUUCGGACAGAUCUACAAGGUGUUAGAGAUGGAGCCUCUUCCCUCAAAUAAACCAUCACAGAAAUAUCCGUGGUCUGAUAAAGAAGGGUUAGGUUUGAAAAGGCCAUAUGAAGAUGGAGCCAUGGAUGACAAGGACCUCAUCAAGAAGAUGAAGAGGAAUCUAAGAAAAGUCCUGGACAGUAAAGCCAUAGACUCCAACCAGCCAAUGAACGCCCUGAUGCGGCUGAACCAGAUCCGGCCAGGGCUGCAGUACCGCCUGCUGUCCCAAUCAGGGCCGGUUCAUGCUCCAGUCUUCACCAUGUCUGUGGACCUAGAUGGAACAGUUUACGAAGCCUCUGGAUCCUCUAAGAAGACUGCAAAGCUUCACGUUGCAGUCAAGGUUCUCCAGGCAAUGGGCUACCCGACUGGAUUUGACUCAGACCUGGACCCCAUGAGUUCAGACGAGAAGUCAGACAGUGAGGGGAAGAGCGAGACCUCCUCGCACACUAGCAAUAACCCAACACACUCCUCAGACAGUUCCAACACACUUGAGGUGCGAACUCAGGGUCCCAUACUGACAGCGAGUGGAAAGAAUCCUGUCAUGGAGCUAAACGAGAAGAGAAGAGGCCUCAAAUAUGAGCUCAUCUCUGAGAGUGGAGGCAGCCACGACAAACGCUUUGUUAUGGAGGUAGAGGUCGACGGGCAGAAGUUUCGUGGGGCAGGCCCCAACAAAAAGGUAGCAAAGGCCAGCGCUGCCCUAGCAGCUCUGGAAAAACUCUUCUCUGGUCCCAAUGCAGCUGCAAACAAGAAGAAGAAGAUAUUGCCUCAAACCAAAGGAGCCCUGGCAGCAGCAGCAGCAGCCUCAGCAGUAGCAGCUCAGGUUGCCAGAGGAAGAGGAAGAGCGGCCCUAGCAAGAGGAGCCUUCGUCAGUGCAGCUGCACCUGGAUAUGUCACUCCAGGCUUUGGGACACCGUAUGGCUACAGCCCUGCUGCAGCAGCUGCUCCUGCGUACGGUGGUCUAUUUAUUGACAAUCCUUUCUACCAGCCGCGCACCAUCGCCCCUUUUAUCAUUCAUCUGGGUCCACAGGAUCUCUUCUCUGACUUCUAGAGGCAGCACAUUGUUGGAGGCGCUCUUCACACUUACCUGGCUGCACACAUGCCCAUCUGUUUCUCCGUCUAAUGCGGGCUGCCUUUGAAUCCCAGCUGAUGGAUUCACACAUUCAGAACGGUUUCAGUUUGAUCAGUCUACUGAAGAAACUUUCUUCCUGAUAGAAAAAAAGAAAAGGCAGAAACUAUCUGAACCAUCGACCGAGAGGCACAAAGCACCUCUUUCUGUUUUCUCGUCUCUUCACCCAGAUUAUCUCCUCAGAGGAGAGCGACUUUACAACAAGCAAUACUCGGAUUUUACGAGAAAUGUUCAGCUGUGACUGUGCAGGGCUGGGCUGGUCUUUCUUAUAGCAAUACACCUGAACUCCUCUCUUUGAGCGUACUUACUUACUUGAGAAGAUGUGAAUGUCCAACAAAGUUUUACCCAACACAGCAUUGCAAUAGCUUAUUUUGAUUGUAUAUUCAAUGUAUGUGUGCGUGUGGCUAUAAUAUAACAUAUAUAUAUAUAUAUAUAUAUAUACACACACAUAUAUGUAUGGUGUAUUUCUAUAACAAUGUGUU